GGUCAGUCAGUCAGACCUAUUUAGGUGUACUCUUCACUGAACAAAGUUUCAGUUGGUCAGAUCGGCCUAGCAGAGAAGAAUCUUCAAAAAAUGUUCCUCCUAACCCUCACAACCGUGGGACUCCUCCUGACCAUCAUCGCCCCAGUAACCCCCCAGGAGGACGUAACAACCAAAAAUGGCGUACUGAUCCUGACCAACAAAAACUUCAACCCAGUCAUCAACGAGAACGAGUUCGUGCUGGUGAUGUUCUACGCGCCGUGGUGUGGCGCCUGCAAGUCCGCCCAUCCCCAGUUCGAAAAAGCGGCCCAGGAACUUGAGGAAAAGGGAUCGGUGGCGAAGUUGGGCGAGGUGGAUGUGACCGUCCAUAAGUCGCUCGGGGGAAAGUACCGGAUCGAGUACAUUCCGGACGUUAGGUUGUUCAGGAAUGGAAAGGAGGAAACGAAAUACAACGGGGCUCGUUCGCAGAAGGCGUUUGUCACUUGGGUGGAGAAGAUGCUGGCGCAGGGUUAAAGAGAGAGGUUAAUAAAGGUUUGGCAAAAAAUAUAA